UAAAAUGUUUGUUCCGACCAAGAACAAAAUAAAACAGAAAGAAAUUUUAUUUAUGAUAUUUUUUUCGAAUGCAAGUCUAUUUCUUAAUUACAUGAUUGUUGCUUAACGUUCAAAGUGUUAUUUUAUUUACAUAUGAACUUCAGAAUAUAUCAUUUGUAGUGUAGAAAGUAAGUUUUAAUAUAAAGUUUAAGAUCUAGCGAUGUAUAGACAAACAAAACUCAUUUGAGCAUUAAUAACGGGCAGAUAUUUUUAAAAUAAACGCGAAUACUAGUCAUAAUACGUAUAUCAGGGUUGUAAGAUGUUUUAUUUGUAUUUAACAAAAUACAAUCCUAUUAACCACUAAUAAUUUAAUACAUAUUAAAGAUGCCACAAUUUAAAAUAUCUUAAAAUGCAUUAUUUAGUGAACUGAUAAGGACAACGCAAUAAAAUAAGUGGAGAAUGAAGCAUAUUAGGGACCUGUGUGAUAUGAGAGCAGCUAGGAUUCUAUUGGGGGGGUGGGGGGGUGGAAGAGCAGACAUUUUUUCAAACUUAACUUUCAAACCGUUUAAGAAUUUUUUAAGGUUCGCUCUAGAGUUUUAUGUUUCCAUAACGAAAUACAGAUGGUGCCACUUUAGAAAUGUUUGGUAUUGUUUAUUUUUCAGCUUUCGUUUUCUCUAAAAAAUGGAAGCCGAGAAGAUGCCCAGUUUGUCCCCCCAAAUCCAAUAUGAAAGGGGAAAUACUGCUGGACCUGCAAUCUGGCCACUCACAUUCAUCAGUUUCGGAGGUUGUGCGGGCGUGCUGGUUGGACAUCCCUUUGACACAAUUAAGGUUCGACUUCAGACGCAAAGUUUUCGGAACCCCCAGUAUAAAGGAGCUGUCGACUGUUUCACAAAAAUUAUAAGAAAAGAAUCGGUGGGGGGUCUCUACAAGGGAAUGUCCUCACCUAUGGCAGGAGUCGCCAUGGUGAAUGCUGUAGUGUUUGGCGUGUACGGCAACUUCCAGCGCCACUCGCCUCAACCUGACGCCCUCUCGUCCCAUUUCCUGGCGGGAGCAGCUGCAGGAUUUGUGCAGAGUUUUGUGUGCAGUCCCAUGGAGCUGGUGAAAACUAGACUGCAAGUCCAGCAGCACAGUGCUGUCCCUGGAGGUGGCUGCGGCGGUCCAAUGAACUGCCUCUCUCAGGUGGUAAAAACUGAAGGAUUUCGCGGCGUAUUCAGAGGCCUUGGUACUACAAUAUGCCGAGAGGUGCCUGGAUUCGGUCUCUAUUUCGUUGCUUACGAAUUCAUGACGAGAUCAGCUGGAGACCUCAGUGAGCCCAGACCUCCAGUCGGCACACUCCGCAUGCUGCUGGCUGGCGGUUUCAGUGGUACCCUGUCCUGGGUGCUCACAUAUCCGAUAGACGUCGUCAAGUCUCGUCUUCAGGUUGAUGGGAUGGGCGGCGUUUACAGAUAUAGUGGGUUCAUGGACUGCUUGAAGAAGAGCAUUCAAACUGAAGGCUAUGGAGUUAUGACGCGAGGUCUUACGUCCACUAUCUUGAGAGCGUUUCCAACAAACGCCGCAACAUUCACUGUUGUCACAUGGGUCAUCCGGUGGACCGACGCCAAGCAAGCUGAAAAUACUUCGGGAUAUGUAAUUGAAGAGUUAGUGGACCUCACAGUGCCUGAAAUGUCUAUGACCCAAAAAAGAUAUAAAAGAUCUAAUGAUGACGCAAGGCUCGAAAUUACAGUUUUUGGGCUUUGGGAAAGUUUGGAAUAUAAAGAAAAAGAUAUGAAUAAUAUUUUUCAAUGGAGGAAAAGAAUACUGCAAAAUAUUAUGGGAAGUAACAUUUUCUGCAGUGAGCAGCUGAUGCCUAAAUACAAUCCAGUCAUUUCUUCCGAUAAGGGACAGAGAAGUCGGGAUUUAUUUUGUGACAAAAUUAAGGAAGAUCCUUGUCUAGAGUUUCAGUUAUUUCAAGGGAAUAAAAGUAGCCGUAUGGACAGAGAGGAAGUUCAAGAUGGUUCAGAAGAUCAAGACGGAGCAAUCUCUCAGAAACAAACCACAGACUCAAAUACUGAGAAAGAGCCGAACCAUUACGAACAUAAAAACGAUUAUUAUAAUUCUUCAGUAAGGUAACUGCACAGCUGGUAUAAACGCCUUCAUCCUAACUCAAUGAAGAGUGUUGUAGGCUAGAUUUGGUUCUAAACAAAAAAGAGCCAAUAGAGCUCGGCGUUAUUCUUAAGGACGCAUCCAUCGUUUGGAGCAAUGAAGGUCUUGAGGACAGGUAAAUACACAAACCACGAGCAGGACCUUGCAGGAAGAGUACUGUAACACAUCCUUAGAGAAUUUAAGCAUCUUGUUUGAUGGUAGAAUAAAAUAAAAUAUUAAUGGCCUAGUUGAUGCUGGCGGAAACAACUAAUGUAAUGGGGUUUUAAGACAAUUUAAGAGAUAUGGAACUACAAACGAAAAUACAGAAUAAAUAAAUAAAUUAUGAAUUACUAGUAA